AUGGACUCAGUGACUUUAAGAGAAUACCAAAAUAUCCAUGCGGCGAAUGCGCCUAUUAACCAACCCGACGAUGCCCUGUCAGAUGACGGUGCCACACUUAGGGACCAUCGCCGGGGGAGUAUUGAUGGCUCAACACUCUUUUCCGCAGGCUCAAGGCGUAACUCGACACAAAGCCAAACCUCACUAGGGGAUUUGACGACGACUUUGGAAAACAUUAGUUCCUCUGCCUCCCCACUUUCUCGGGCUGAUUUGAAGAGCAAGAGAGCAGCCAGAUCUGCGAUGAAGGAGGUAUUGGAAGAGCAAAGGCAAACCGCAAUGGUCUAUGAGGAUGAAGGGCGCGACGGAGAGGCUAUCGAGCUGCGAGAACGCCUCGUAUUGGCGUGGGAGAUGAUGUCGGGAGAGGAGGACGGGCGGACUUUGGAGGCGCAGCGCAUGCUUGCCAUAUUAUACCAAUCCAACGGCUAUGGGGAAAAGGCACUCAGAUUACGAGAGCAUAUUGCUGCCGUACGGGACAGAACGUGUGAAGCGGAUAAUCUGCAACGCCUUGAGGCCCACCGGCAGCUCAAAAUAUCGCGUCGAAUAAACAAGCGGGAGCAGUUUGCUAGAGAGUUGACAGAGCACCUGGAGGUAUCAAAGGCUUUUAUACCCGAAGAAAAGGACCAAGAGAAGCAGACAGAAAGUUCAGCAACGAGAGAAACGGUGGCAGCGGCAGGAUUUGAAGUACGUGAAAGAGAGCUUCCGACGGCGGCACAGUUGAAUAUCCCCACACAGGACAACCUGGAUAGGCCGAGAAAUUCUCUGCUGCGCCGUAUUAGGUCAAUCUUCUCCGGUGUAUCUAUCCCAGGGAGCAAUUAA